AGACGCAAGACCGAACAACAGGAUAGUGUGCUGCGGAUAUAUCGGCAACAGUGUAUAUAUUGGCAAUAUUCGAAUAUUCGCAGUGACUGAUACGGCCAAUUAGCUCAGUCACCCUGUCUAUUUCAUUCAAGCAUGGCAGGCUCCGCGAAAAAGGCCACCAAAAAGUUCGAGAAGAACCACCUCCGGGAUACUAUCGAGCGCCGCAAGGAAUUUGCAAAGGUUAAGCAACGACACCGCCUGAAGGAAAAGAGACAGCAGAAUAAACAAAAGGAUGCUGAAAAAGUGGAUGAAAAGGCGCAGCAGAAUGGCGAUGGUCGCAAACCUACAGCAGAGGGGGAGAAGAAUUCCUUUGCUGAGAUGAACGUCGAUGACUUCUUCGCCGGUGGAUUCGACUUGCCAGAUGCCGCUCCCAGUAAAAAACCCAAAUCCUCUAAGAAAAAGGAAGUUGCACCGAAGACUGGGAAAAGGAAGCGCACUGCUGAAAUAGAAGAACAAGAAGCGGACCAGAAAUCAUUUGCACAGAGCGAUAACGACGAGGGCAGCACCGCGGCAGAGGGUAGCGACAUUGGCGACAUGGAUGCCCAUAUGGAACAAUUGGAGGCCCUGAAGGAUAAAGACCCUGAAUUCUACAAAUACCUUAAAGAAAACGAUGCCGAGUUGCUCGAAUUUGGAGACCAUGGGGACCUCGCUGAGGUUGAUGCUCUUAGCGAUGCCGAGGAAGGUGAAAAAGAAGAGGCUCACCCCAAAAAGAAGAAGAAGGCUAAAGCUCCCGAAGAUGUCCAAGAAGGCGACAUGAGCAAUACCAUUAAUUUGUCCAUGGUUAAGCAAUGGCAGAAAUCAAUGAUUGAGCAACAUUCCAUGAGGGCAACUCGACAAGCAGUCUUGGCUUUCAGGUCAGCUGCGUACAUGAACGAAGCGGAUUCUAAGGACCGGAAAUACACCAUUUCAGACGCGGAUGUUUACCACCAGGUUCUUCUCACGGCAUUAGAAUACGUCCCUAAGGUUCUGAAUCACCAUCUGCCGACCAAGGAGAGUGCGGGGGGGAAAAUCAGAAUUUCCAUGGAUUCGAAAAAGUUCAAGACCUUGACCCCUUUAAUCAAAUCACACGCAUCUUCCAUCCAUCAGCUUCUUACGAAUCUGUCCGACGCAGCAGCAUUGAAGUUGACCUUGGCAUCUGUUGAGCCAAUGCUUCCCUAUCUCCUCCCAUUCAGGAAGCUCUUGAAAGUCGUCCUCAAAACCGUCGUCGGCAUUUGGUCGGAUUCCGCCAGCACCGAAGCUACCAGAAUCACCGCCUUUCUGAUCGUCCGUCGUUUAAUGUUGAUUGGAGAUGCUGGAAUCCGCUCAGCAGUUCUGAAGGCCACAUACGAAGGGGUAGUUAAAGGCAGCCGAAAUACAACCGUCCACACUCUCCCCGGCGUAAACCUGAUCAAGAACUCUGCAGCCGAGAUUUGGGGAAUCGACCAGGAUGUCUCCUAUACUACCGGCUUCAGUUUUAUCAGACAACUGGCCAUGCAUCUACGAAGCAGCAUAACACAUCCAUCGAAAGACUCCUACAAAACUGUAUAUAACUGGCAGUACGUGCAUUCAUUGGACUUUUGGUCCAGAGUUUUGUCGUCUCACUGCGAUGCCAUUGUGGAAGCCACUGCGGGGAAAGCAUCCCCUCUACGACCACUUAUCUACCCCGUCGUUCAAAUCACCCUGGGAGCGAUGCGCCUGAUCCCCACAGCACAAUACUUCCCCCUACGCUUCCAGCUUACGCGAUCCCUCCUCCGUAUCUCCCGUGCAACCGGAACGUACAUCCCCCUCGCAGCCGCCCUGCUGGAAGUCCUCAACUCCGCCGAAAUGAGAAAACCGCCAAAAUCCAGCACCGUCCGCCCCCUCGACUUCGCCACGAGCAUCCGCGCCCCGAAAUCCUACCUGCGAACCCGCAUCUACCAAGACGGCGUGGGCGCCGAAGUCGCAGAACUGCUCUCGGAAUUCUUCAUCCUGUGGGCCAAAAACAUCGCCUUCCCCGAACUCUCGCUGCCAGUAAUCGUCAUGCUCAAGCGCUGGUUAAAGGAAGUAUCCUCCCGCACAUCGGGGAACAAGAAUACAAAAGUUAACCAGAUGAUCGUGCUAGUUGUGCAGAAGCUGGAGGCUAAUAGUCGGUGGAUCGAAGAGCGGCGGUCAAAGGUCACGUUUGCACCCCGGGACCGCGCGGAGGUCGAAGGGUUCCUGAAGGAUGUAGAGUGGGAAACGACGCCGUUGGGCGCGUUUGUGAAGACCCAGAGAAAGCAGAAGGAUGAGAGGGUUAAAUUGCUUGAGCAGAGCCGGAGGGAUGAUCAGAAGAAACGCGCGGCGAAGGGAGACGUGGAUAUGGAGGAUGCUGAUGGUGCGGGCAGCGAGGAGGAUGAUGACGAGGACGAGGAUGGAGAUGUAGAUCUGGCUGGAUCGUCUGGGGAGGAAGAAUAAGCGGGACAGAUGGUCUUUGUUGAAUGCUAUUUUGUGCUCUCUUGAUUCAGUUUCAAUUUCUAUAAGUUAAACGGGGCGUUUCAUGAGAAUGUAAUAAAUGGCGGCUUCAAUGCGUUUUUUCCUAAUAAAAAUUAUACAAGGCUAUCUCUCUCCCAACGUCAUUGACUCGCACAUGCACCAAACGAGAUAUCAUGCCCUCGCUCUAACCUUACUAUACAUAAACGACAUCUCCUCAAAAACCCUAAAACCUUAAAAACUACUACCCAUUUCCGCUUCCAUCUUCGACUUUAACCCCCCACUCCCACCCCCCACUCUUGCCCCCAGUCUUCCUCACCACUCUCGCCUCGCCCACCACCAUCCCCUUAUCCACCGCCUUGCACAUAUCAUACACCGUCAACGCCGCCCCCAUCACCGCCGUCAUCGCCUCCAUCUCCACCCCCGUCCGCCCAUGACAAGAAACCGUCGCGGUAACCAGGAUACUACCAUACGGAUGAGCGGCGGAGGAGAUCAAAUCUUCCGUCGUCAACGUAGCAGCUGGCCGUGACCUACCACUGCUACUGCUGCUGCUGCUGCUAUUCACAGACGAAGAGGCCCCAUCUGCCUCCGCCCCUGGACCUCUACCAACACCCUCCUCCGGCGCACAUGCUCUAAUAUCAACCUCCACCCCCGUAAUCCCCAGCCCCGGGUGUGCCAGCGGGAUAAUAUCCGCCGUCCGCUUCGCAGCCAUGAUCCCCGCGACGCGCGCGACGGAGAGCACGUCGCCUUUCUUCGUAUAGCCCUCCGCCGUGGUGAGGAGGGAGUACGGCUUUGGAUUGGAGAAGGUGACGCGGCACAUGGCUGUGGCAACGCGGGUGGUUUCGGCUUUGUGGGAGAUGGAGGUCAUGUGGACGGUUUGGGACGGGGUGAGGUGCGGGAGGGAAGGGUCGGAGGCUGUGGGGAGGUCGGGGAUGAGGGGUUUGGUUGGGGAAGGGGGAUUUGGUUUUUCAGGGCUUUUGGUCGAGAAGAGGCGGACGGGCGUCCGAGGGAGAGGAGCGCUCUGGAGGAAAUAUGUGGGAAUUGUAGACCAGGGCGUUUUCCUGGGGUGCAUCUGCGCAUUGCCAUUUGUGUGGAUAGCCCCUAGGGACCGCUGGGAAGCUUCAUUGACUGGAAUACCAUGUUCAUCUGAAAGAAAAAAAGGGUUUCUAUUAGCGCUAUCGAGUGAAUUCAUGAAUGACACAAGUGGGAACAAUUCAAAGACCUAGUACACAGGAACAGACAUUUCUCCCUUAUAUGAGUAGAACAUGACCAUGGUAUCAAAUAUGUCCAAAAAGCAAGCGCCAAACACAAUGCAGUUUCGUCACAUAAAUAUCAUAUCUAUACGACGGAAUCUUGGUAUCCAAAAAAAAAGAAGAAGAAGAAGAAGAAGAAGAAGAAGAAGAAGAAGAAGAAGAGGAAGAGGAAGAGGAAGAGGAAGAAGAGGAAACGCCCGGAAACAAAAGACAAACGUCCAUGCGACGGAGAAGUGUAUCAAAAGCAAGCCUACCCACCAAUCAAGAUCAUGGGUCGGUUCUUCAUAUUCUUCAACUCUCCCAUACCAGCAUGUUUCGCUUUCUUGCGCUUGACAGCCAUGCCGAUGAUAUCAAGCAGUUCCCUCUCUCGUUCGUUCACGAGACCCUCAUGUUCAGCCUGGCCGGCUCUUCUGGCAGAUUCCAACAGGCCGAGCGCCUCCAUCGCUGCCUCGUCGAUUGGUUCUCCAUUAUUCCCUUUGCGAAUCAUAUCUCGCAACGACACCUCCGCAUUCCCGAACAAGCAUACUUUGAGGUUCCCGUCGCUUGUGAUGCGCAGACGAUUACAUGUUCCGCAAAAGUUAUGCGUCAUGCUUGUAAUGAAUCCUACGCGACCUUCGAACCCGGGCACGCGAUAUGUCUUGCUCGUAUCAUUCUUGUGGUCGGCGACUUUCUCCAGGUUGGGGUACUUCUCUCGAAUGAUCGCGAGCAUUUCCUUGUAGGGUAGCAUUUUCCCCUGACUCCACUUAUUCCCGUCGAACGGCAUGUACUCGAUGAAUCUGACUUCAAGCGGCUUGUCUCGCCCAAGUUCAACGAAGGGGAGGAUCUCCCUAUCAUUCAAUCCGCGCAUGACCACAGCGUUGAUCUUCAGUUUUAUGCCCGCUCCUUGCUUGUUCAUUUCAAGGAUACGGUUGAUACUCUUCAUCACGGCUUCGAACCCUUUCCGUCGGGUCAUGAGCUGGAACUGGAACGGGUCUAACGUGUCCAGACUUAGGUUGAUGCCCGUCAACCCAGCCUCUGCCAUGCUAUCUAGUUUUCGAUGUAGCGAAAUACCAUUAGUGGUUAAACACAAUUCGCGCAGCCCGUCACGGCGUAGGUUCCCUAUUUGCUGCAUCAUAGGUAUGAUAUCCUUCCGGACGGUCGGCUCACCGCCGGUCAAACGUAUUUUAGUGACGCCCUGGGAGACGAAGAGGGAGGAUAGGUAGACGAUUUCCGGAGUUGUGAGGAUCUUGGCGGCCGGCGAGAGCUCAACUCCCUCCUCGGGCAUGCAAUAGAGACAUCGCAGGUUGCAGCGCUCCGUAACGCUGAUACGGAGGUAGUCAUGCUGCCUGUUGAAGGUGUCUGUCAAGAAAUCGGAGAAGGGCUUCGCCUUCUUCAAGGCCGAUGACCGCGGGGAGCGAGAGGGGGGAAUCUGGUGCGGGGUAUAUGGCAAGGGUGAGGGCGAUGGCGAUGGCGAUGGCGAUGGCGAUGGCAAGGGUGAGGGAGACGGAGACGCUGACAAUGACGGCAGUGUAUGUACAGCUUCACUGUUCUUCGUCGUACCAGGGGCUGCAACAGUACCGUGGCAUCGUCGCCGGCGCCGAAAGUGGGACACGCAGCGCGGGGCGGAGAAGAGACCCCGCAUACUGGCUGACGGAGACAGCAGCAGUGGAAGAGAGCGUCUCUGGAGUAACUCAGCCAUGGUGGUAUGCUAUAUUAUCAGCAUCCGGCUCAUUGUGGCAGGUCGCAGCAGCGAGGACACAAGCAGACGGAGGUUUAUAUAUAGCUAACUAUUAUGGAGU